UUGAAUUUGGCGGGUGUUGGUAUCCGGUCACGUGACUCCCCCCAUAUGUCACAAGUGUCAUUAAUCACGAUUUUCGUCGUUUUUGAAGCGUGUUGGUCUGAAAAUUAAUCCAGUGAUUAAAAAUAAAUAUCGACCGUAAAUAAUUCCAUGUGUCCUUCACGCAAACGUUUAAAAUAGCCCCCGUUUUGCGUGAGCUUAGUGCGAUCAAGUGUGCGGUGUCUGAGUGAGAAAAUUGCGAUUUCCGGCGUUUUUCAUGAUGAAAAUGAAGAUUUACAAGGUUUUAAUAUUAAGUGAAGUCAUUAGAAGCCCUUUGACUGUGUUUCGUAGUGAAAAAUCGGUUUAGACGUGAAAGUGAGGUUAGGUGACUCAAAGACAGUUUUUUCGUGGUUGAUGUUUACCAAGUUGAUUAUUAUGUGUAAGAGUGAUUUAAAUAGGUACAAUUAUUUGAGCAAGUGCUUGGAUAAAGUCAGUGGGAUUGUAACAAAUAAGAUGCAUAAUGUAGAGUCGAGCUUUGUCACGUGCAGCAUUGGGUACAGGGCAAGGAACGAUCCUGGCGACUGACAAAAGUUAUUCGGAGGCUGCCAGGAUGGCUAUUUGACAUUGACUUGAUGCUUUCCCCCUGGCUGAUUCGAUGUUUGAUGUCCAGAUUUUCGAUAAUUGUCUUUAACCGUGAAGAUUAGAUUGUGGAAGUUGGACGGAAGAAUUGAAAGAGAACGAAACGAACAUUAAAAAGUGAUGGAAAACGGGAAAAGUUGGCAUUUGCAGUGUUGAAAAAGUACUUAGUUUUGCGUUGACUACUUGAACUGUACUUUAUUACUUAAAAAAAUAUACACAAAAAAUAAAUCAAAUAAAAUAGUGAUUUAAUUGUGCAAUAUGUCGGUCUUCAAAACGGACUAUUCACGAUUCUCUUGGAGGAAGAAACGAGACAAAACCAUCCAGGAGCAACACGCCGGACUGUUAAAAGGUACCAUGCAGACACCUGGCUACUUGAUGCACAUAAACAAGGGACAGGAUGACGAAAUGGAAAUAUGUUGCUUCAAAACGAGCAAAAUCAAAAUCGUUUUCACGUACUUAGUUACGGUACUUACAGGUGGAAUUUUGAGACUUAUUUUCCAUUGGAUACCGCAUUGGUAUGUUUUUGCGACGUGCAAUAAAUGUGCAAUCGGUGAAGCGGAAAAGAUUCUAAUCAAGGAGAUAUUCGGUGGUAAACAUAAAAUAUAUCAUGUCAAAAAUCUGAAAGUUUUGACACCUGAAAGUGUACAAAAACUGAAAGACGACGAUGAAAAUCUACUUAAUUCGCAUCACGUGACCGUGAAGGAGAAUAAUCCCAACUUGUCGGUGCAUUUCGAAAAUGGGGAGUUCAGGGACUUGGACAAGCUUCUGAUGUUCACUUGCAAAAAAGUGACAUACAUCUGGGAUUCCCGCAAGCACGAAUUCGUGAAACUCCACGGUUUGGAUCAAGGCGUCUCCAGUGACGUUUUACACAAAAACAAAGGAUUAACAAAUGGCGAACAAUUCACUCGUCGAUUGGUUUACGGUCCUAAUAAAAUAACCGUAAAAGAACUCUCAAUUGUCACACUUCUCUUUUUGGAAGUUCUCAAUCCAUUCUAUAUUUUCCAAAUUGGUAGUUUUAUUUUAUGGUUUUUGGACGAUUAUUAUUGGUACGCAGCCGCGAUUAUCACAAUGUCGGUGUUUGGUAUAAGCAUGACAGUGAGACAGACGCGAAAAAAUCAAAGAAAAUUAAAAUCGACAGUUCACAGUUCGGAUAUUUGUACUGUUUUAAGGAAAAUACCGAAGAAUUUUGAUGGAUCUGGUGAUGUGUCCUAUCAGACUGAAUCGAUUUCGACGGAACUUUUAGUACCAGGAGAUGUUCUAGUGAUACCUUCACAUGGCUGUGUUAUGCAUUGUGAUGCUAUUUUACUCACGGGGAAUUGUAUUUUGAACGAGUCCAUGUUGACGGGUGAGUCGGUCCCCGUCACCAAAACCGCUCUACCCAACCUCCCCGACCUCACCUACGACCCCAAAGAGCACGCCCGACACACCCUCUUCUGUGGCACUCAAGUCAUCCAAACUCGAUAUUUCGGUAACGAAAAAGUCCUUGCAGUCGUCGUACGAACCGGUUUUUCAACCGCUAAAGGAAGUCUUGUAAGGAGUAUACUAUAUCCACCACCGGUUGAUUUCCGCUUCGAAAAGGAUUCCUAUCGAUUUGUUGUUUUAUUGGCUGGAGUGGCAUUGAUCGGUUUUAUAUACACAGUGGUCACUAAAGUGAUGCGAGGCGUAUCGUCACGUGAUCUAGUAAUCGAAGCUUUUGAUUUGAUAACAAUUGUGGUACCGCCUGCACUUCCGGCCGCCAUGACAGUUGGCCGGUUCUACGCCCAGAUUCGGUUGAAAAAAAUGAGAAUUUUCUGUAUUUCCCCGAGGACUAUUAACGUUUCCGGGUCUAUAGAUUGUGUGUGUUUUGACAAGACUGGUACUUUAACCGAAGACGGCUUAGAUCUCCUCUGUGUGGUGCCAAUCAAAGAUAAGAAUUUCCACAUGCCGGUGAAAAAAGUCAAUUCUUUGCCUUACGACACUUUUGUUUGUGGUCUCGUCUCUUGUCACUCAUUGACUAUUAUUGAUAAACAAAUAGUUGGCGAUCCCUUAGAUUUGAAAAUGUUUGAGAGCACAAAGUGGGUCAUGGAAGAGCACGACGUUGCUGAUAACAACAAGUUCAAUAUGAUUUUUCCGACUGUUUUAAAACCGCCCAAAAAUCGUGAAAAUCAAACAGACGAUCUUCAAAUCGGGAUUAUUCGGGAGUUUCCGUUUUCGAGUAGUUCGCAACGUAUGGGUGUGAUAAUUCGCAAAUUGGGGGCCCAACAUUUCGAAUAUUAUGCGAAAGGGUCCCCGGAGAUGAUUUUAAAUUUUGUGCGAAGUGACAGUGUCCCUGGGGAUUUUCACGAUGUCCUUGAAAGCUACACCCAGGAGGGUUAUCGUGUUAUAGCCCUAGCCCACAAAGAACUAAAAUUGUCAUAUGCGAAAGUCAAUAAAGUCCAACGGGACGCAAUUGAGAAAGACAUGACUUUAUUGGGGUUAAUAGUGCUCGAAAAUCGGUUAAAACCGGAAACAACCCCUUGUAUCCAAGCAUUGAACGACGCCAGUGUUCGAGUCAUCAUGGUCACCGGUGACAAUAUUUUGACAGCUUUAAGUGUGGCCAAAGAUUGUGAUAUUGUGACACAAGGUCAGAGUGUCAUAACUGUCAAUUCUGACAAUAGUACGCCACCGCAAUUGUACUACACGUUGACCAACACGAAAAAUAAAACAUCGAAUGAGAUUAGUGUUUUGUCAAAUUCGGCAAGUAUUGUCAGUUUGGAUACGAUUGAGAGUCAAAUUCAAAGCAUUACUACCAACACAACGGUGAAAAAAUUGGAGAAGCCUCAUUUGUUUAACAAUUAUCGGUUUGCCAUGACUGGGAAGGUUUGGGGUGUGGUUAAAGAGUUUUAUCCCGAGUUGUUGCCACGUUUGGUCACUAGAGGGACGGUGUUUGCGAGGAUGUCGCCCGAGCAGAAGCAACAACUCGUCCAGGAGUUGCAAAAUCUGGGGUAUUGUGUUGCAAUGUGUGGCGACGGCGCGAACGACUGUGGCGCCCUCAAAGCGGCCCACACUGGAAUCUCCCUUUCCGAGGCGGAAUCAUCCGUUGCAAGUCCUUUCACGAGCCGAAAUCCAAACAUUUCGUGCGUUUUGAACGUGAUCAAAGAAGGCCGAGCAGCACUGGUAACCAGUUUCGGUAUUUUUAAAUACAUGGCAGCGUAUAGUUUAUGUCAAUUCGUCUCAGUUUUAAUAUUGUAUAGUAUUGAUUCGAAUUUGACCGAUUUAGAAUUCCUCUACAUCGAUUUAUUCAUCAUUUCAAUUUUCGCAUUUUUCUUCGGAAAAACCGAAGCGUACAGUGGAAAAUUAGUGAAAGAAACACCAUUGAGUAGUUUAAUGAGUGUCAGUCCGAUUUUGUCACUACUAUUACAAAUGUUGGUAGUGAUUGGGAUUCAAGUUGGGGCUUUUGAACAUUUAAAAUUACAAGGUUGGUACAAACAGUUUCAACAUAAUGACGCACAUAAGGAUGAAGUUGGCUGUGUUGAAAAUUUUGUCAUUUUCACCGUGUCAAGUUUUCAGUAUAUUAUCCUAGCGGUGGUUUUUUCCAAAGGUAAGCCAUACAGAAAAAGUAUUUUUUCGAAUUACGGUUUUUUGAUUACUGCUAUUUUAAUGGUGGCAUUUUCGGUGUAUUUGGCCUUAUGGCCGGCGCAAUUUUUCAUCGAUCAAUUUGAGUUGGUAUUACCGGAGUUCAAUUUUCGCAUUUAUUUACUCGGCUACGCCUCGAUUAACUUCCUUUUGAGCAUUUUCAUCGAACAAGUGAUAAUCGAUUAUGUCGUUUUCAAGAAGUUGAGGUUCAAAUUUCACAAUAUUGAUAAGUCAAAGCGAAAGUUUUUGGCCAUUGAACGCGAUAUUGAUUUGGAUACAAAAUGGCCGAUUUUGACAUCUGAUUUUAAAUCGGCCGCGAGUCCGUUGAAUCCGUUGCCAACUUGCACGGCCGAAAUUGUUAUUGAAAAGGAAAAGUUUGAUAAAAAUCACGUUUUGAAUACGUUGUAUGAGGAGAAUGUGGAGUUUGGGGUACCGAAUGGUCAGUUGUGUGAUGCGAGUUUGCCUUCCGAGUCUAGUCCUAGUUUAAGUGACACUUAUAAGAGUUUUCCGAGUGGGAAUACCAGUUAUGAUUUGGCAAAUUCGCAGUGUAAUAUUGCGGAGCUUCCAUAUGAUGAUUCGGGGCAAAAUUUGUCGAGUUUUAACUCGUUUGGGGCGAGUCCCAAGAGUAAUAAGGAUUGUGUUAAAGCAUUAGAAAUGAAUUUUUUGGAAAAUAGGUGAGGUAUAGUUUUAGAUUUAGUAAGUGAAAGGCCCUUUUGGCUUAAAAGUAUUAAAUGUAACAAUGUGUAUCUCUUAGUGUUCUUUAGAAGGAUUUAUUUAUCUUUACUUAUUGAGGGUAUUUACGGCUUCACUAAACCUAAGUUCCUUUAUUUUUACAGUUUUUAUAAAGUGUUAUUUUUAGACUUAAUAGGUGUGUACUUAGAGGAAUAAAUAAAGUUGUUUGUUUGCUCAA